GGCGUUUAACGCGAACACUGUGCUGCGGCACCAGCACGCCACCGGCUAGUUCCUCUAGGCAAGCUGACCGGUGUGGACGGUACCUGAAUAUUCAGCAAGGACCUAACACCAGCAGGUUUCAUGAUAAACAUGGAGUGAGAUAGACCGCUAAACGACUAAAGAAUUGGACCUGCUGUUUUGUGCGUAUUUUCUGACUAUUUUAAUCCCGAAAAAAACAAACACACGAUACAACAUACUACGGCUCAUAUGUCUGUAAAUUAGUAGAACUGUCACAUCUACAACUGUCUUGCAUGUCUGAGCAGGAGUCGAUAAAUCACACUGUAGGCUACUUUUACACGUUGUGCGCCUGCUGCUGUGGUGCUGCUGCCUUCGCCGCUCUGUCCGGUCUACGGGUGGUCUAGACUGUUCCAAGCCCCGGUGGAUUGACCUGCCAACUGAGCCGCAGCCAUGGGAGGGAAUUUGGGGUGCCACCGCUCGAUCCCCAAAGACCCGACGGAUUUCAACAACAGCAAGCGCAAGUUUAGCGCCGCGUGUAACUUCAGCCACAUCCUCGUGAACCAAGAGCGGUUGAAUAUCAACACAGCCACCGAGGAGGAGCUGAUGACUCUACCAGGAGUGAACCGCACGGUAGCGCAGAAUAUCGUGGAGUACCGGAACUGCAUUGCGGGGUUUAAAAAGGUAGAGGACUUGGCUCUCGUGAGCGGAAUCGGUGCCGGCAAACUGGAGAUCAUCAGACUGGAAAUAUGCGUCUCGAGCAGGACGAGUUCGUCCCAACACUCGCCGUCGUCUCUGCGUAAAGACUUCGAGCCCCACCUGUCAAGCACAGGUAUGAACAUCAACACCGCCACACCGGCGCAGUUCAUGAGCAUCCGUGGCAUAACGGAUAAGAUAGCGAAGAACAUAGUAGAAUACCGGAUGGAAAACGGUCCGUUUAAAAGCAUCGAAGACUUGGUGAGGGUCAAUCACAUAAACUCAUCUUUAUUGGACAAAAUUCGCUUUCAAGUGUUCGUAGAGCGUUCCAGAACACCUUCCACCAAUACCAACGGGGGGUUGGCAUACACUACCAAGUCCCACCCGAGCCCCACAUCAUUCAGUCUCCGGAGUGAAGACAUGGAGCUUCCACCUGGGGGGCCGACUCUGAUCACGUCUGUGCGGCCCAACGUGGAGCCUCCGUCGGGGAUGCGGGACGGGAAAGCGGUGGUCAGGGUGGCUACCUGGAACCUUCAGAACUGCUCCUGUGAAAAGGCCAACAACCCGGGCGUCAAAGAGGUCGUGUGUAUGACAUUGCUUGAAAACGACAUCAAGUUACUGGCAGUACAAGACCUGGUAGAUCGGGAAGCCCUUGACAAGUUCUGUGUGGAACUGAACCAGGGCUCGUUGGACAGCGUGAGGAAGUGGAGAGGACCACGGGGGGUCUGGAAGAGCAGCGUCUCUGAGAAACCCACAGUACUGUCCAACAAGGGAGUCAGUUAUUCUGGGUUCCUGUGGGACAGCUCUUCUGGGAUCGACCUGAAAGAUGCUUCUGUCCUGGAGAGUCCUGUUGUCAACGGCAACGGGAAACACGCCCGGCCGUAUCUUGCCCACUUUUAUAUUGGAUCGUCUGAGCUGACGAUUGUCAAUGUCCACAUGAGAGCUCCGGCCGUGUCUGGGGCUGAGGAGUCCAACGUUAGGAACCACCACUCGGAGGAAGUCAAGGCCCACAGACUGACCUCUAGUAUCCAGAAGGCACUGAAAGUUCAGAAGGGCCUGGUGGUGUUGGGGGACUUUGGCCUUUCCCCCCAGAGCAGUGAGCUAGAUCAGCUGAGGAAGGAGCGGCUGAGCCCCCUUGUUCCCCCCAACAUGUUCACCAACAUCAGCACCCGCUUCCCCCAGGGCUCCCUCUGUCUGGACAACAUCUGGGUCAGCAAGUCACUGAAGAAGAUCUACGCAGGUCAUUGCGUGGUGGUGCGGGAGGGCCUGACCAACCCCUGGAUACCUGACAACUGGUCGUGGGGCGGGGUGGCGUCCGACCAUUGUCCUGUCAUGGCCGAGUUCUUUGUGGACGUGGCGCUGAAGGAGCUAAGAAACAGAGUUAGCGUGGUAGAGAGAGGCGAAAGUAUGUCGAAACACGAACGGUGACGACCACUCGCCGGCGCCACAGACAUACAGAUGUGGCGGUUGUGGAGGGAGAUUGUGACAUCAUGACAUGUCAAACUGACCUGACUUUGCUCUGGACUGGGUCCUGCUUUGGUCUGGUUUUUGCAGUGGCGCAAAGGGUGGAUUUACCUGACAAAUGUGAACUGAAGCACCAAGAUUGCCUUUUUAGUUUCCUUUAUCAAUGUACAGUAGACUACCAUGACAUUGUUUUGGAGUAAAUCAUUUAAGAGGUGUGUGUAUGUAUAUAUAUAUGUAUGUUAUAGACAGACAUGAGUGUGCCAAAAACAUUUUUAAUAUGUAUAUGAAAUAAAAGGAAAUUAACAGACA